AUGAAGGCGGACGACCUAAUUCCUAAGUCAAAAGAGGCCAAGUUCCUCGAUUAUCCCAACAAUGACAGGUGGACGCACCUCAAACCCGUGAUAGUCCCAUUGUACAUGGACUGCCGCGAUACAUCUGGAAAGGCGAUGACAUACUCCAAGGUUGCAGCCUUCAUGAAGCUCCACUACAACUUCCAUGCUGCAGAAUCCCAGUACAAGCGCUGGUUUACAGAAUGGGGCAUACGAAAGCGUACACUUGGGAAAGAGAAACGCGACAUCGUAGCAGUACUUGGCAAAAGGCAACGACCUGGACAGAGCACUUCCAGCGUUACCCUUCAGCAAGGGAAUUCCGAUAAGCAUAUUGACAAGAAACAACUUGUAAGGCAUCUCAAAAGCGAAAUACAAACCUACGAGAACUGCAAGAUUGCACCGGGAGUAUUAUCAUCGUGGAGUUUGCCAUAUGCCGCAUGGAUCAAGACAUUUGAAAAACAAGCUGAUCAGCCGUCUCCUUUUGGCACAAGCGGGCAAACACCAAACUACAUGAACAUCGAAAGCCCGGCUGCGAUAAGCCCGGGCAAAGAAAUAGCCCCUCCAUCCCCCACGAUGCAACUGUUAGAGAAGGAGAGGGCCCAGUAUCGAUCCAGCAUGUUGCUACAAGGCCAAAUUAACGCGCUCCUUACGUCCUUGGAACGGGAUAAGCGCAUGGUUGUUCACAAUUAUUUCCACGACUUUUAUAUUCAUUCCUUUGUGACAGCUAAAUUUUGGGGAAAAGGACCUCGGGUCUGGUCCCCUGAAAUGAUCGCUGCUCUGAUAGGCACUGAGAUGAGCCAGCCUGCUCAGGACAGGAGUAACUCAGCCUACUCACCAGUCAGUAUUAUGGCUGAAACGGAAAGUGAAUCGCCCACCAAUCUUUGUAAAUGGGCAAUUCAUGUUGAACAUUAUGACUACGAGCCUAUCUCGGAGGUAUCGAACGAAGACGAACUGUUUGACAUCCGAAAUUCUGACUCCUGGACCGAGUGGCCGAAAGAACGACUGUCAAGUCUCUCGUUUACCAAUUCGAUGCAAAAAUCACUUGAAAAUCACACGUUUUCACACACUCCUGUCGAAGAUCUACCAAUCUCGAUGAAUACAAUUACGUCCUCCGUCUCACAAGAUCCUCGUUGCUUGGAGAUUGAUGCUCUGAAGCUUGCUAUCAUCGCAGGUAAUAGAUAUUUAAUUCAAUCUCUUCUUACCCAACUCGAUGAGAGAGAUGAAGAAGAUGCAAAGAGUAUUUAUCCAUUUCACCUCGCAAUUGCCUUUUUGGACGGUGCCAAGUCAUGCUGUGGUGUGUUUGAAGAGCUCAUGGAUUCGUUGAACUCAGUGCGUCACCGUGUUGACAACUUCGGGCAUAGCAUCUUCGAUUCUCUCAUGAUAUCUAUCCUUAGUUCGCAUACUAAUCUCCAUCCCCAGGAUGUCAGCCUUGGGUUUCGAGAGAUGACUAGAUUCCCGGGAGAAGAAAAAGAUAUAUGUGGCCGUUGGGAUACCGAUUCGCCCAUUGUUCGAAGACUCUUUGAGGAUGGCAAAGCCCGAAUCCCGGCCCAGUGGAAGCACCCGUUCUGCCAUACUUCAGUACAGGCGAUUUGCCACGUACUCAGUCGCUGGGGAUCCCACUUUGACGUUGAAUCGGGUGGGUUAUUUGCUCGCUAUUGCGGUAAUUGUGGCUUGAAGCUUACGUUAGGCCCCCUCCAUACGCUCAUUGUUGUCGCAGCCAGUUUAGCACGCAACGGUAUGGCUGGAGAAACAUUAUUUGGAGUUAUUGCGGCACUCACUUGUCUAUUAAAGGUGGGGAUAAAGACACGCGUGCUGGAAAUGUUUGACGUGUCUGUAGAAGAUUUGUACGGGAUCGCGGAGCCCGGGCGAUGCUACCAUAAAUCUAUGGAUGCCUUUGAGUUUAUACAGACAGUCCCUGUGGGCAUUAUCGAGCAGUGGAGCAGUGAAUGUCAAGUCGGGUGGGCAUGCAUGGCCCAGAUUCUCCGACUCGCUGCCGAAGUGGAAUCUGAUGAAGGAUAUGAUGGUGCGGAUUACUGCAUGAUGCGCGGGGACUACGGCUGCUACUGCGCAGAGCCCAAGCUGGGUCUUCUUUGGGCCACAAUACAGACUGAGCUCCUCACAUAUCGAAGGCUUGAUGAAGGAAUGCCUUGGAUUUCGGCACAUUUUUCCAUGCAGGCUCUUGAGAUAUUCCUUAAGACUGAUGGAGAAGAAUUCGAUACGCCCCUUGUGAAAGAUGGCAUGAUGAAACCGCACUCAAAAUGUGGCUGGUUCGGGGAUCAAUUCACGCCUAUUGCUGAAGAUGUAUGCAAUCACUUCUUCAUGAACAUGACAGAUUAUUCUAGAUCUUCUUUUUUGCCACGCGCAAAAUUGUAA